AUGAAGAUCACCAAGGUCCCCAAACGCAAGCCAGAGGUCCCGGAGGAUCUGGCAGCGCUCGGCGCACGCAUCGUCGAGGAGCCAGAGUCCUCGCUGGCGUCUCUGCUGCGCAGCGUGGACCAAUGGGCGUGGCCUCGGGGCGACUUGUACGCCUGGAUUCCCGUCCUGAAUCGCUUUGAUGAUAUUCUGGCACGAAUCUGUCAUACCACGCCUCUGAAACCUGUGCAAAAGGAGCCUUUCGGGGCGCAUGAUCGUGAGCUCUUGCUCGCCGUGCUGUCAUUCACACGUCUGCUGCUGGAAAACUGCUUGAACCGCAAAUUGUAUUCAUCCUACGAGUACGUCGACAUGCUCCUUGCAACGGAAGAUGCCGAUGUGCUCGAGCAGCUCUUGUAUCUUGUACUUCGGUCCGCUCAACAACGCAGCGCCUCCAACCGGAUCGACGUGCCUCUCAGCCACUUCCGCCUGCGUAUUCUCGCGACGGUGUGGCCACCACGCGAAGCAGGGCUGGAACUCGUGGAUGUAGCGCAGGCAGACAUGCCAUUUCCAGCAGCCAUGCACUCCGUCCAUGUGAACGGCUACCGCCGCAGUCCGCAGGCCGCCGACGGCGCCGCCUCUCUUCCAUCUACGCCGGCGAAGCAAGGCGAACAAGACCACACGCUACCGUCACUGAAUGGUACUUUUCGCGUGGUCAUUUCAGGCUUGGAUACAGAGACGCGCCCGCCCAGUGCGCUGCUGCAAGCGUGUGACUCCGCCAAGGAGCUGUCCGACGACGAACAAUUUGAGCUCUUCCACAAGGUGCGUGUCGCGCUGGCAUGCAAGCAUCCCAGUACACGACACCAGGCGCUUGUGUGCCGCCUCCUGGCUGUGGCAUGCUUUAUCCAUAUCGCCCCGCAUGCCAUGGCCAACACGCAUAUUUUCAUGAUUGAGCCGAGCAUUGUGCUGCGUACCGUGGCUCUUCUUGAGCCACCGGAGGUUGUGGAUGACAGCUUGCAUAGCGCUGUAUUGUAUGCGCUGGAUGCAUUCCGUCACUACCGGACCUAUUAUGGCGAUGUCCUUACAGCCAUAAAUGCUUCCAUGAGUCAUGGCGUGCUGCGUCAAUUGCUGCAGUGCACGAUUCAGCGCUUGUCUGAACUCGCGCCCACAACGAGCAUCCCUUCUAAAUUUGAUAGGCUCGUUGAUGCGCUCAUUACGCUGGUCGCCAACAUGACGACGAUCAUGACGCCGACCAGCAUGACGAUCAGCACGGGACUCUUACCUCAGCUGCUGGACAUCGCCCGCAUCAAGUCGACAUCCAACCUCCUUGUCUUGCGCACAUCGACGAGGGCUGUGGGUCUACUUGACACCAUCAUGUACACGUAUCCAUCGACGUUUGAGCAUUUCAUCGCGAUUCACGGUAUUGAUGUGCUUGUUGAGCGCCUCGUAGCAGAUAUGCCUGCACCCGAGGAAUCUGAGCCAUUCAUGUACAGCCGCUCGCAUUUGAUACGCCAAAUUUUGCGUACGAUCCACCAUCUUAUGACGACGCCCGGCACGGCUGAUGGUCUUCGAACCCUCAUUGAUACGCCUAUUCUCGGUGUUCUGCGCACGAUCAUCGAGCGCAAAAACAUAUUUGGGCCCCAUGUUCUUACUCUGGCCAUCUCGAUCAUGUCCACGUUCGUGCACAAUGAGCCCACGCAGCUCAGCACCAUACAAGAGAGCAAGCUGCCAGAGGCAUUUUUACAGGCCUUGAGCGAUGGCUUUGAGCCUAAUAUGGAGCUGCUCAUGUCGCUCUCCACCGCCAUUGGUGCGUUGUGUCUGAACGAGGCAGGUUUGCGCCUGCUUACCGAGAGUGGCAUCGUGGCGCGGAUUCUGCACAUCUUGAAUGACACGCGCUUCCAUGGCAUCUUGCUUGACCACGACUGUGCCAAUGCGUUUGGGGGGUCGAUUGAAGAGCUCGUGCGCCAUCAUCCGAGUUUGAAAGAGGGCGUGCUCACCGAGGUCCUACGUGUGGUGGAGCGCAUUGUGACCGAAGCGCGCACUUUUACGCCGCCCUCCGACGCCAAGGAGCGUGAGUUGUACGUGGUAGACACGCCUGUGCAACUCGAGGCGAAGCCUAUUCGCACAUCGCACAUUGAGCUAGACGACAUCGACCACUACAUGCCGUCAGCGUCGGCGGGCGAAGGCAAUGCGCCAGUUGGCUCGUUUGAUGUAUUGUGCCGCUUCCUCGAGGGCCUAUUUCGCAAUGAGUCGACGUGCCGGGAGUUUAUGAGCCGGGAUGGCCUAGCUCAGCUUCUGGUCAUGUACGACACGCCAUGCAUCACGCCCUAUUUUCCGUCGUCAGCGCCUGCUGAGUCGUUUGUGAUGCUACUGCGCGCCAUGACGGAAGAGGACCCGGAUACCGUUCUGUCGCUUCUUCUGCAGCAAGUCAAGCGCUCGAUCGAUGAGUGGACACCUGGCAUCAUGACAGUGGACGAUACGCGCUUCCGUGCCUUUUGUCGGCUGCAUGCGCGUACGCAGCUCCUCUCGGACGUGUGCCAGAUGUUCAAUGACACAUUUUCGUUCUCACCGCCGAACAACAAGAUCCCAUUAGCGUUCCUCCGUGCCUUGCGCCGAGGAGGCGAUGUCGCGACGAUCGCACAGCUCGCCGAGGUCUUGCGUUCGACGGUGUGGGAGCGUAUGACCGUCAAAGCUGCGCUGCAGGAUGUGGACCAGGACACCAUGUCGCUGACGCUCAAGGCCGUCGACUUUUUGUGUAUGCGCAUUCCCGCAGCCCUGCGAUCGACUCUCUUGAUUGUGACGCGGCAGAUGGUGCCGCGCCGCACGGUCGACAUGGAGUACCUGACCGCGGCCAAGCAGGUGGCCGUCGACCUGAGUGGCGUGCUUCGCUCGUGGUCGUCGCUGCGCACCGAUGUGUCGGAGGUCGAAGCGCUGGCAGAGCACACGUACAUGUACUUGAUCCUGCGGCAUGUGUUGUAUGAAAAGCGCUCGGGCCAUGGCGAAUACGCACAUACGAUGGUACUGCGUGAGUGGUGCGAGCAAGGCGGAGAUGCCGUGCUGGUAGAGCAGGUGCGCUCGCUCAGCGCCUACUUUGAGCAUGGGGCGCUGGACAACGACGAGACCAGCGUCAUGUCCCAUGCGGCUCAUGCGCUGCACGUAUACCUGAGCAUGGUCAUGCGCUUUGUGCCUGCGCGCACACUCAACGACUCGCAACAGAGUGUGCAGCUGAGCAAGGACCCUUCCUUCCAUGUACAUGUUCUCCUUGUUCAGCUGCGCAAGCACGCCAUUGACGUCCUCACUCAGCUCUGGGAUGCGCCUUGGCUCACCAAGCUGCCUUUGGCCACGGUACGUGAAGUUGCGCAAGCGCUCGGCAUGGUCCUCUUUGCCGACCGCGAGGAUCCAUCGCAGCGGCCGACACCCGCUCCCCUACGAUCCAUGUCGCGUCUCCCGCAUCAUGUGCCGACGGGGAUGGCCAUGACGAUGUCUGCCUCGCCUCAGCCCGUGCGCCCGCCCGCGGCAGCACCCGCGGUGGAUGAAGGGCGUCUUAUGCAGCUGGUGGAAAUGGGUUUCCCACGGGGUGCAUCGCGGCGCGCCUUGCAGCGGUGCCGGAACAAUGUGAGCGCAGCGACAGAGUAUAUUUUGCUGCAUCCGGAGCUCGAAGACGAGCCGGAGGCGCCUCCGCCAGAGCCUGCCGCCGAGCCCGAGAUGUCCGCGGUAUCUGAGCCAGACGAGCUGGCUCAGGCACUGGCCGGCGCUCUGCAUGCUCACAUACCCAGCACAGAGCCCACGAGGCAGGAGACGCCGCCGCUGCCUGAACCCGCGUGGCCGACGCCCGCCAAGAUCGAGCUGGAAAAGUGUCGCGAAGACAUGCGGCCCCACUUUUUCCCCCGGCUCCUCGAGCUGGCCGAUGUGCACGAGGAGCUCGUAUUUGAUGCGCGGCACGUGUUUGUGUUCUUCUCACGAGAUCAGGAGCAGACGCAGCGCCUAUGGCACAUCGUGACGGAACGCAUGACGUAUGAUACCACGCAGCCCGUCAUCAUGGCGCGCAUGCACCUCCUGGCGCUUCUGCUCACCACAGAGCAGACGCCGUUCAAGGUGCCGUGGUCUUCGCUGCCGCCCCUGGCGCAUGGCUUGCUAGGCUGUCUUCGCGAGGCUGCCACCGCGCCCGAUGCACCUGAGCCGCCCUGGCUGCCUUCGGCGCUCCUGGCCCUCUGUGGUGUGUUGAGUGCGUGCGAAGUACCUGAGGGCGUGCUGGCCUUGCCGCGCGACGCCCAGGAAUGCGAGGCGUUCCUUCUGGACGUGCGUCCCAAGGUGACGGAGUAUGUCUUGCAUGCAUUGGCGCACUCGUCGCGUCUGUCGUUCAGCGUGAACUUGAGUCUGGCGCGUGCGCUCAUGAUUGUGUCGCGCCAUGCGUCCGUGGGCGGAGCGCUGGUAGAGCGGCGUGCCGUGCCGCUCGUCAUGCGCCCAUUGCUCUCGCGCCGCCGUUUCCAGCGCGCCUUGUACCAGCACCUUGUGGUGUCGGUGUUGAGGCACAUGGUCGAGUCGGGCGGUGCCUUGCUCAGCCUCUUCACGCAAGAGGUUCACAUCUGGUUCAAGCAGGGCACUCGACCGCGGCCGACCGAGGUCAAUGCCAUGAUCAAAAAGUUCGGAUUGUCGCUCCUGCGUGCGCCGUCCACGUUCAUUGAGGCCGCAGGAAAGCAAGUGGACUUGCUCGACUUUCACUCGAUCCAGUCUCCUACGCAUCUGCGCACCAAGCCGGGUGCGUGCCCGGCAGACGAGCCAGCCGAGGCGCACGUCGUCCGUGACGUCGUCAUACACAUGCUGCUGGACGAGCUGAUCGCAGCGCGCCAAGAGCACAUCUCGCCCACCGAUGAGGGCGAUGUGAGUGUGGCGGAUGCGCGCGACUCGUACAUUCUAGUCUUGCUGCAGUGCCUCACGGAGCUCCUUUCUUCGUACAUGGGGUGCAAGCAAAGCUUCCUCGAGUACCGCGUCAACGGCUCCGAGUCCAUCCUCACCUACUUUAUGAACGAGCUCGUGCCCUCCGGUUUUUUGGCGCAGUACGAGCCAGAUGAGCUGCGAAAGCGCACGACGGAAUCCAACUGGGCCAUCUCGGUGAUGGUGGCACUAGCCGCGGACCCCUUGCCGGACCAUGAGGCCCAGGUCGUGCCCGAUGCCCUGAUCGUUGCACGAAAGACCCUGCUGGAUGCGCUACACAAGGCCCUGCGCGAAGCGAUGGCCACGCAAGAGAUGGUCGAAAUCAAGUUUGGGCGGUUGUAUGCGCUCACAGACAUGUGCUACCGCCUCUUGACGAGCCGGCCUGCGUCUGACGCGGCUACGCCGAGGCACUCGGGCGUAGUGCUGCACAUGGCCAAGACGAUGCUGGAAAAGAACUUUGUCGUGCUUCUUACGCAAGCGAUUUCGGACCUGGAUGUCCAUGUGCCGUCCCUGACGUCCCUUCUCAACAGCGUCCUGCGCCCAUUGGAGCAUCUGGCCCGUGUCGCCAUCAAAAUGGCUCGCCGCGACACACAUGCACGUAACGAGGGCACGGAGGACCCCGAGGAGGAAGACGACGAAGAAGACGGUGACGUGGAAGAAGAGGUCGUGAUGCAUGGCGAGUCGUCAGAGGAUGAGGGGACGCCCGACUUUUACCGCAACUCCUCGUUGGGCAUGCACACGGGCGAAAUGGAGCAAGGCGCGUAUGACUCGGAUCAUCUGAGCGAGGAUCUGGGAGAUGAUGAGGACAUGGAGAUGGAAGAGUACAACAGCGACGAUGCGGAAAGUGAAUUGAGCACAGACGCAGAGGAUCUGGAUGGAGAUUCCACGCAUGUGGUCGAGGUCGUGGAAGACGACGACGAAGAGGAGCAUGACAGCGAUAACCACAGCCAAGAAGACUUUGACGACAUGGAAGAAGACGGCUUCUCCGACGACAUGUUCAGCGACGAUAUGAUCGACGACGAAGCCUUCGACGACGACGAGCUGGAUGUGCGAGACUUUGACGACAUGCAGGACGAAGAGCAUGACAUGUCGCGCACGGGCAACAUGGACAGCGUGCGCGAAAUCAUGGAGGCACUCAAUGAUAUGGAGCAUGUGCCUGAGCUCGAGGACUCGGAUCACGACACGGUGCAUACAGACGCAUUCGACAUGGACCUUGGUGUAGAACGCCAGGGUGCGGACGAUGUCUCGGACGAAGAUGACAUCGGAGACGCCGAUGACGACGACGGCCCUAAUCAGCUGACAUGGCGUCCAACGAUGCCGCGCAUGAGCCAAGAGUCUGCGAACGUCGACUACAACUGGGUCGAGCGUCAAGACGGACGCCACGGCGCUGCUCGCCGCGGUCCGCCGACCUUCUUCCAGGCCUCGGCAGAGCCCGUGCGGACGCGCUCCGACUCAGCACGUGCUGCACCGCCGUCCCAUGAUGCGAGUUUCCACCCGCUGCUGGUGGACAACAACGACAACGACCCGGACCGCGAGCCGGCUUCAUGGCAGCGCGCUAUGGAAUCGUACAUGGGCGCGAACACGCUGCAGUUCCUCGAGUCCUUUGUGCAGCAAAAUGUGCCCCAAGGCGGAAACGCGAGCAUUCAAAUUGAACUCGAUCCAGGUCGGGGUAUGCCGCGCAUGCAGAUCACCAAUAUGAUCGAUGGGCCGUCUACACGUCGGUCUAUGAACCGGCGCGCACCGUCUACCACUGGCGCGCACCACGAGCGCCAGCCGUCCGACGCGCCCUUCGAUGCCGUGGCAGAGUCUCAGCGCUUCACGCCCAACCACACGCACGGACGCUGGAUGUCCGAGGCCCAUGUCGUGUAUGCGGGCGCCUCGAUGGAUAUGAAUGCCGCCUUCCGAAGGCCACUCAUCGAGCAUCUCCUUCCUAGUUUCUAUGCGCGCCGUGAUCGUGAGCGCGAAGAACAGCACAAGUCGAAGGCGGACAGCUCGGAACGACCGACCGAGUCGAAGCGCAAGCACCACGAUAUGGAAGGCCACAGUGAUGACGAAGAGGACAAGAACGACCGCGCAGGACGUGUCACGGCCACGGUGCAUGGCGACACCGUCGAUCUUACCGACACCGGCAUCGAUCCGACGUUCCUCGAGGCUUUGCCCGAUGAAUUGCGCGAAGAAGCACUGCUGAGUCAACAGCUCAACGCCCAGAUGUCGCGCCAGGCGCGCGGGAUUGUCCCGGACUUUUUGAAUGUGCUUCCACGCAGUCUCCGGACCGAGCUGCAGCAGUUUGAUGCGCCCGCCUCCCACUCCGCACCAGCGUCGCGGCAGACCGACGAUCAGCCUCAGGAGCGAUCAUCAGAGCAAGCGCCGCCCAGCACGGACGAGCCGCAGGCGUCGCCGCAGCAAGGGCCCCGUGAAUCAGAGCGUGGCCGUGACGCGAUUCAACUCCUGGAUCGCGCAAGUUUGGCGUCGCUCGUCCGCCUCCUCUUCCUACCAUCCGUGCAUGCUCGCACGUCUCUUCUGCACAAGCUUCUGGCGCACCUCUCCGUGAAUGCUCGUACCCGAACAGAGCUACUGGGCAUGCUGCUCAUGGUGCUCUGGGACAGUAUGCACAGUGCUGCGUCCGUGGACCGCUCGUUCACGGCUCUGUGCAACAAGGCCGCGAAGCACACGCCGCAGCGCAACAUGUCGCGCCAUCAGUCGAGCAGCCUGACUUCGUCGGGUCUGCUGCCGCCAUCGACGCCUUCGGCGGCACUGCCGCUCACGUGGAUGGGCGACGAAGCGCCCCACCUCAUUGCAUCCCGCAGCUUGGAGACGCUCACGCACCUCGCCCACGCGAAUCACCAGGCAGCGCUCUUCUUUUUGCGUGAGGACCGCUCGCGAAAGGGCAACAAGCGCGUUCCUAUCCAGAUUCUAUUGGGUCUCUUGGAGAAGGACGCGAUGCUCGAGCAUGCUCCGCUCCUCAACGAACUCCUGGCUCUCUUGCAGUCGGUGAGCAAGCCCCUCACCACGGCACAGCCAGGAAAGGAUGGCACCGGUGCUGUACUCGACAGCACAUACGACAAUAUGGAGGUGCCAGGCAUCGCCUCGGAGCGACUCGCAGCGAUCGUGCGGCCACUGCAGACCCCUAUGACGUCCCGUGCAUUCCAGCACACUCUCGCUGUGGCGUCUCAUUUGUCUCAUUUGCCUGGCGCGCACGAGUCGAUCAGUGCAGCUCUACAAAACGCGGCGCAGCAAGCGUCGUAUGCCCUCGUCAGCCACCUUGAGGCGGUGAUUGCGUCGCUGCCCGAGGUGGCCACCGACGCUGUGGCCAACGAUCAAAACAGCCAGCCGAAGGCAGACGCACAAGCCCCCUCAGAGCCGAUGGCGACUGAGCCGGCGUCCUCUCCAGUGCCAUCCACGUCGCUGCCACUGGCCAGACUCGCAAGCCCCACGAGUUCCCAAGCCGAACUCUUGCGCUGCCUUCGUGCACUGGAUUAUUUGUACAUGGGCAAGUAG